GACGUUGAACUGACACUGUGCCCAGCGGACGUUGAACUGACACUGUGCCCAGCGGACGUUGAACUGACACUGUGCCCAGCGGACGUUGAACUGACACCGUGUCCAGCGGACGUUGAACUGACACUGUGCCCAGCGGACGUUGAACUGACACCGUGCCCAGCGGACGUUGAACUGACACCGUGUCCAGCGGACGUUGAACUGACACCGUGUCCAGCGGACGUUGAACUGACACUGUGCCCAGCGGACGUUGAACUGACACUGUGCCCAGCGGACGUUAAACUGACACCGUGUCCAGCGGACGUUGAACUGACACCGUGUCCAGAGGACGUUGAACUGACACCGUGUCCAGCGGACGUUGAACUGACACUGUGCCAGCGGACGUUGAACUGACACUGUGCCCAGCGGACGUUGAACUGACACCGUGCCCAGCGGACGUUGAACUGACACUGUGCCCAGCGGACGUUGAACUGACACCGUGCCCAGCGGACGUUGAACUGACACCGUUUCCAGCGGACGUUGAACUGACAACCGUGCCAGCGGACGUUGAACUGACACCGUGCCCAGCGGACGUUGAACUGACACCGUGCCCAGCGGACGUUGAACUGACCACCGUGCCCAGCGGACGUUUGAACUUGGGACAGCCUGUGUCCCAGCGGACGUUGAACUGACACCGUGCCCGAGCGGACGUUGACGGACACCGUGCCCUCUGACGUUGAACUGACACCGUGCCAGCGGACGUUGAACUGACACCGUGCCCAGCGGACGUUGAAACUGACAAACUGACAGGUGCCCAGCGGACGUUGAAACUGACACCGUGUCCAGCGGUUGAACUGACACGUGCCAGCGGACGUUGAACUGCACGUCCAACCGUUGAACGACACCGUGUCCAGCGGACGUUGACUGACAGACACCGUGCUCAGCGGACGUUGAACUGACCCCGUGCCAGCGACGUUGAACGACACUGGCCCAGCGGACGUGGAACGACACCGUGUCCAGCGGACGUUGAACUGACACCGUGUCCAGCGGACGUGAACUGAACCGUGUCCAGCGGACGUUGAACUGACCCCGUGUCCAGCGGACGUUGAACUGACACGUGUCCAGCGUUGAACUGACACCGUGUCCAGCGGACGUUGAACUGACACCGUGCCCAGCGGACGUUGAACUGACACCGUGCCCAGCGGACGUUGAUCUGACACCGUGCCCAGCGGACGUUGAACUGACACCGUGUCCAGCGGACGUUGAACUGACACCGUGCCCAGCGGACGUUGAUCUGACACCGUGCCCAGCGGACGUUGAACUGACACCGUGCCCAGCGGACGUUGAACUGACACCGUGUCCAGCGGACGUUGAUCUGACACCGUGUCCAGCGGACGUUGAACUGACACCGUGCCCAGCGGACGUUGAACUGACACCGUGUCCAGCGGACGUUGAUCUGACACCGUGUCCAGCGGACGUUGAACUGACACUGUGCCCAGCGGACGUUGAACUGACACCGUGCCCAGCGGACGUUGAUCUGACACCGUGCCCAGCGGACGUUGAACUGACACGUGUCCAGCGGACGUUGAACUGACACCGUGCCCAGCGGACGUUGAUCUGACACCGUGCCCAGCGGACGUUGAACUGACACCGUGCCCAGCGGACGUUGAACUGACACCGUGCCCAGCGGACGUUGAACUGACACCGUGUCCAGCGGACGUUGAUCUGACACCGUGUCCAGCGGACGUUGAACUGACACCGUGUCCAGCGGACGUUGAACUGACACCGUGUCCAGCGGACGUUGAUCUGACACCGUGUCCAGCGGACGUUGAUCUGACACCGUGUCCAGUGGGUUGCUUC